AUGAUUCCCCUUAUUCCAACGCUCGUACUGGCUUUCGUCUCAUUUGCUUGCUCAGCAUUUGUUAUUCUUCGCAUUGUAAUUCCCAUUUUACCUCCUCAUCCUUUGAGCAAACGGGUCGCUCCAGCCGAGUUUGGCCUUCCUAACUUUCGCUCUCUUUCAGCCGCCGACAAAAGCCACAUCUGGCUCGCAUCCUUCGACAUUUUGGCCAUCGGAAUUUUUGUGUGGCAAGCCGUCAAUGAACACAUCGGAGGACCCACUAGCAUGGGUGUUGCUGAAGAUCCGCUCUCCGCGGUUAGGCUAUGGUUUGCCUUGACCGUCAGACAAACAUGCCUACUGGUCGUAGCAGGCCUUACCCUCCUUCACGUUCGCAUGGGGCGUUCGGUAUCCUUUGGCGCCAAGCAUUGGAUUCUAUGGUCUCCUACCGUCCUCCUGAUCCUUACGUCCACCGCUCUUGCAGGUGUACUUGCAGGAGCUGGGAUGGACACCCUCUUCCUUGGUCUCUUAGCCUACUCGUCCUCGCUCGCAGUCUUAAGCACGAUUUCCUUCGCGUGCUUGAUUGUCACCCUCGUCAUGAUCAAGCGCAACUUGCUUGCAAUUCAGGAUGUUCAUGACCCGUGGCCGCCUGCUCGUGAGGUAGAAGAGAAGCCACGCCCUUCGUUUGCUACAGAGGAGGUUGACGCACUUCGUGAUGGUGCUUCUUGGAUUACAUCUAACGCAAGCACAAGCUCGCGACAUAAUUCUAUCUCGGCUUGGUCCUUUUCCACCCACCACACCGCUGCUGCAUCUUCUCAGCAUGGACACGCUCGUCACCCAGGAACUGCGUCGCACACUUCGAUUCCCCCCAAGUCCUCGUAUUGGUUCGGAUCAUCGACCGUCGCUCUUAAUGUGCCCCCUGUUCCGCCCUUGCCUUCCCCUUACGGCCCCCUUUCCCCCACUGCAGAAGCUCUUGGUGACCCAGACCCAUUCCGUCGCAUCCCCACACCACUCCCUGAACAUCCUCGUCAACGCUUCGGCUCACAGACAUCUUGGUUGACUUCGGUAGAUGGUUCCCAACCUACCCUGUCCGCUUGGUCCUUCCCAGCUUCCUCUGUGCACGAGGGUACAAUCCGCAUGAAUGCAAGCAACGCCAGUAUCGCUGAUUUACAUGCGGAGUUACUGCCUUCGACUGCCGUUUCUCGACCUAACACGCCCGCCCUCUCCAAUGCUCAAGUCCUUGGAGGGUAUGGUUAUGCCCCUGGCACGUACGAGGCAGAGAAAGGGUUGGCUGCACUUGCUACUUCAUCAAGUACUUCCCUCGACGUUUCCCUGUAUAAAGCUGCCGGAUGGCUGCUUAUGAUCUGGGUCCCUUUGGCUCUUUCUUUCCCUUACCUGGGCCUUCUCACCGGAAAAGCUGAGCCUUCGGCUGUGGUAAACAUUCUCCUGGUCCUAUCUGUGACGUUGUCCUCGCCUCUACUUGCGUUGAACAUUAUGUUGCGUUCACCGAUCCCAAUUCCCCACGGUCUCUUUGACUCUCACUCCGAUCUUCCUGCGAACGUUAUCCGUGGUCCUUCCCCUGCUGGCACCUCAACGACGUAUAUGAACAAGUUCUCCCAUGAGUACAAGCGGAGCACGAGUGCCAGCGUCACCGUUGUGGAAGGUCGCCGGAGUGGUGAUGUGUGGCUUUCCAAGGGCGAUGCUAUCGACGGGAAGAACCGAGUUGGACGCGCACUGGAGAUGCUCGCUCCGCGACCGAAACUAUCAGUAUUGCCACUUGAAGAGAAGGAGGAUGACGACCUUACCCCCCCUCUCCCUAUUCAGAUGGAUGAUUCCUCUCACCACGAUUUCAGCCACAACAGCACACCUCAGUCCCACAUGACGGCGGAGAUGGGCCGACUAAGAAAGGAAGCAUCGAACCUCUCAGACAAACUCGAAGUUGCUUUCACUAGUCGCAUCAUGGUCGCGGAGAGGCACUACUCGGCUAUGGCAAAGACUGUCGUUGUAGACGCAUCCCCCGAUAAGCAGGGAUCCGCUCCCCAGGAGGCAGGCAUGACAACUGCAGUGAAGCGUGCCUCCAUGCGUCACUCUGCUCACUUGCGUUCUCGCUCGGUGUCUUCCAUUCAACCUGCUGAAGACUACAGCAAUCCAGGCACUCCCACCGGCUCUGUAUUCGGUACAAGUCCCAGCCCGCCACCAUCGUUCCCUCUGCCACCUACUCCGCCUAAUGUUCGUGCUGCCCGCCUCGCCAAGUUGAAGCACAAGAAGUCUUUCUCAUCCGGAGAGAAAUUCUCAUCUAGCCCCGAAGGUUUUUACUUCGGAGCUGUUGAUGAUAUCAACCAGAUCGACGCCCUCACUGCUGGUGUUCUGCCAGUAUUGGUUCCCGGUCUUAAGGUUGGCAGUGGCAUGAAAAUCAAGAAGGGCGACUACUCUCCCCCGACAACAUGGACCAGGGCUGCUCGUGGUCCUUCCGGUCCUGGUGUUUCAAAAGCUAGGAAAGCGAUCGUGAAGCCUGAAGAGUUUGGUGCUUUGCCAGGUCAAGCUCACUCCACUCCAGCUAGGCGCAAGCCCAAGGUCGCGGAUGCCUCGACAAGGAAGAAGCACCAUUUCAGUCUCCCCAGCCUUGGUCUAGGUAAAGAUGGUGUCCACUCUCUGGCCAGCGAAAUAAAGAAUGCUUUGGAAACCCAUGUCAAUCAAUACGUCUCCACGCCCAGCAACGUUGAUAUUAGUUCAAGACGCAUUACCGUAUAUGGUGGUGAAAGCUUGGAGCACCUCGAAGUCCGACAGCGCUCCGAAAGUGCUACCAAACGCGAUGCUCUCUCCCGCGCCUUGUCCACUCGCUCCCUCGGCCUCCGCGCUGAUGUUCCUCACAGCGUCGACAAUUCUCUUCGCCUUUCCAACGCGUCAAUCGGCCUUCCGCCCUCCGCUGCCUCAACCGCUACCCUCUUCGAGUUAGAGGCUGAGAUUGGCAUGGCAUUGGAGUCGCCACCUCAAGCUGAGAGCACUCCUCACAACACCAUCGCUCCAAGGACUACGACACGAUCAAGACCUCCCCCGCUGCCCCUCACCCAUUCCAACAUGUAUAGCGUUGACACUAAUGAACGCCGCUCCUCCCGCCGAUCAAGCAUUGUAUAUAUCAAAUCUAACGAGAAUCAAAACGAACAUGACACACCGCCCCAAACUCACGCCAAUAACGAUCUUGAAGCCAUUACCGAUUCGACUGGUUCGACGAGAAGCGCAUUCGCGCAGUGGUCCUCACGAGCUGUGAGACCGCUUAUACCCAAGGCUAGCAAGUUGCAUCGCAAGAUGACUUCUAUCGUCUCCGAAAACAACGGUGCAGGCUCGUCAAGUACGAAAGGACAAACCAGCUCUCCGCGAGGGCUGCGUCCGCUCUCGCUUUUGCAGGACCGGGAUACCAACGCACAAGUCAAUAGCACUGUUGCCGAUGGAUACGCCACACAGGGAUCUACCCGCCCACUCACGCUGGGGGGGAAGAAACAAAAGUCACGCAUGGCUUUGACAGUCGUAGAUGAGAACGGAGAGAAUGUCCCACCAAUGGCCAGGGACGCUGGAAAGAAGUUGAAGCCGCUGAAACUUGCUCGAUCUGAGACGGCAAAGAUGCGAGGUGUUCUUCGCAAGCACGAAGUCCUUCCGGACGUGGUUGUACGACCACCAUCCAAUGCUGACCAGCUUAUUGGCUACGCAUACAGUUCGUAA